GAUUAGUACUUGACAUCCCCGUGUUAUAUAAAAGAAAUAUAAUAGUUACCAUAUCAAAUUUAUAUUCUCAAAUUGAGGUUAUUCUGUUACAAAUCGGCGAAGAGAAUCUCACAAUCAUGUCCAGAUUAACUCUCGAGCAGAUUUUAGAAAAAAACAUAACACAGAAUGAGGAGCUAUCUGAAGUAAAACGUAUUUUAUAUGGACGUGAUUUACCGUCAUUACUUUUACCGGAAUGGAAAUUUGAAAACUUUGAAGCGAGGGGUUUCCAAAUAGAUUGUACGAUUUCAGAAGAACUUCGCGACUCACGUUACGUGUGUGUAGGACUGCUACAACAUUCGAUUGUACUGCCCACGACGGAACCUAUCGAAAAUCAACGAAACGCUAUCUAUAAGAAAAUUGAAUCGUACAUAAACUAUGCAGCUACUGCCAAAGUUGAAAUCCUAUGUCUCCAAGAAGCGUGGAACAUGCCAUUCGCUUUCUGUACAAGGGAAAAGUAUCCUUGGUGUGAAUUCGCGGAGGACGCUGAGACCGGGCCAUCGACUCUACUCUUGUCUAGGCUCGCCGAGCAACAUAAAAUGGUAAUAAUAUCGCCGAUCUUGGAGAGAGACUUCGCUGACGGCGACACUAUUUGGAAUAGCAGCGUGGUGAUCGACGCGGACGGCAAAGUCCUCGGCAAACAUAGGAAGAAUCAUAUUCCUCGUGUCGGUGAUUUUAACGAGUCCACCUACUACAUGGAAGGAAACACGGGUCAUCCGGUUUUUAAUACUCGCUACGGGCGCAUCGCGAUUAAUAUAUGCUAUGGGCGUCAUCAUCCGUUGAACUGGUUGAUGUUUGGCUUGAACGGAGCAGAGAUCGUCUUCAAUCCAUCAGCAACUAUCGGAAAAUUAUCCGAGCAUAUGUGGCCGAUCGAGGCAAGGUGUGCCGCAAUAGCAAACAGCUACUACACUUGCGCGAUCAAUCGUGUGGGAACCGAAUUAUUCCCUCAUAAAUUUACAUCCGGCGACGGAGGUGAGGCUCACAACGAUUUAGGACCUUUCUAUGGCUCCACUUAUAUCACCGCCCCCGAUGGUUCACGAACUCCAGGCCUGAGUCGGGAAAAAGACGGCCUGCUCAUUGCAAAACUGGAUCUCAACGUGUGUCGACAGAUGAAAGACAUAUGGGGAUUUAGGAUGACGCAAAGACUUGACAUGUAUGCCAAAGAACUCGCUGAACAUGUGAAGCAUGAUGGCAAAUGAAAUAUGUGAAAACAGCAACCGUG